AUGGCCCAGAUCCAGGAGACGCCGCUCGACGAGCGCCAAUGGCGCAGCCCCGUCGCCCUCAACAACCUGCAAUACUUUGGCGGCCUGCACAGCAAGACGGUGCACCUGUACUUCAUGGAGUCCGAUUUCUUCGACCGCACCUCCAACAACUGGGCCCUCUUCAUGCAGCACAAAGGCGAACCCUGGCUCACCGAUCGCGAUCAGUUCGAGUUGCGCCUGCGUGCUAUGCAAGGCCUCGAGUUCAUGGUUGCCGCCGAGCCCGAGCGUCGCCCCGAUGGUACCGACACCGGCAUUUAUGUUUUCCGCAAGCAACAGCGCCGGAAGCGCCCUGGCCACGAUGAUGACCUCACUGUGCUGGGCACUUACUACUUGAUCGGCGAGAACAUAUACCAGGCUGCAUCUCUGGAGGACAUCAUUGGAAAUAAGAUUCUUGCUGCUACCACCUCCCUGUCCAAAUUCUUCUCUAUCGCGUCGUCCCUUCCUAUCUACACGUCUGGCCGUGGAUAUACCUACUACCCGCCUUCAACGUCUCUCAAGCAAACCAAUGCCUCCGCAAAUGCUUCCCGCCGCUCCAGCCGUGCCGGCAGCCCUACUGGAGAGUCGUCCUCGGCCAUUGACAUGAAUGACGCGCCUGCAUCAUCCCAGAACCAACCUGAACAGUCUCAAAAGACCAAGAACACAAACGCUGCCGCCGCUGCGACAUCAAUGCACGCCCUGACGCAGUCUUUCCGUCUCUUCAACCAAUACAAGGACGAGUUCAUGGACACCAAUCCCAUCAUUGGCGAACCUGGUUCUUUCCACUUUAGCGCCACGCAACGCCAUGUCCAACAGACGCAGACCAAGCAGGCAGAAGCUGCGGCCGCCGCGGCUGCCGCAAAGCUGUCCAAUUCCUUUGCCACGGAUGGAACCAAGACCGACAGCAAGCCUGGUACGCCUGCUCUCGCUGCCAGCCCAGACAUCUCGGCCGCCAUUCCGGGCCCAAGCAAGAAGCCAGCGAAGAUCAAAAGGAGCAAGAGCAGAGCCGGGACUGCACCCACCAGCCCAGCCACUCCGACGGCUGGCGCAACACCUGGCAAAGCAUUGUGA